GCCGGCCAUGCUGAGGACGCGCCGGGCCCGCGUGGGCGCUUGGCUGCUCCGGGCCGCUCGGGGCCCGGAGCCGGGCCGCUCGGCUUCGGGGGCGCGCGGGCAGGGCUGGCUGCAGCCCGCGGGAUACGACACGGGCGUCAAGGUGUACAACAGCCUCACCCGGAGGAAGGACCCGUUGAUUGUGAGCCGCGCGGACGCCGCCUCCUGGUAUAGCUGUGGACCAACUGUCUACGAUCACGCACACCUGGGUCAUGCUUGCUCCUAUGUCAGAUUUGAUAUAAUUCGGAGGAUCCUCACCAGGGUGUUUGGGUGCAACGUCGUCAUGGUGAUGGGAAUCACGGACGUGGAUGAUAAGAUAAUCAGACGUGCCAACGAGAUGAGCGUGUCGCCCGCAUCCCUGGCCCGUCUUUACGAAGAAGACUUCAAACAGGACAUGGCGGCCCUGAAGGUUCUCCCGCCCACCGCCUACCUGCGGGUGACUGAGCAUGUGCCUCAGAUCAUCGCCUUCAUCGAGAGGAUCAUCGCUAACGGGCAUGCUUACUGCACAGCGAACGGCAACGUGUACUUCGACCUGCAGUCGCGAGGCGACAGGUGUAACCCCCCUGCCCUGCGGCCGCGUCCUGUCAGUCCCGUCUCUAGCUGUGUGUGGCCUCCUGAGCGGUCCUUGUCAUCUCUGCUCCAGGCGCUCCUUCUGCUGGUCCCUGACCGUCCGCACUUGCGAGUGGACUCUGACAAGCGGCACGCCAGCGACUUCGCGCUGUGGAAGGCGGCGAAGCCCCAGGAGCCGUUCUGGGGCUCCCCGUGGGGCGACGGGCGGCCUGGCUGGCACAUCGAGUGCUCCACCAUCGCCAGUCUGGUGUUCGGAAGUCGGCUGGACAUCCACUCCGGCGGCGUGGACCUGGCGUUCCCGCACCACGAGAACGAGAUCGCCCAGUGUGAGGCCUUCCACCAGUGCCCGCAGUGGGGGAACUACUUCCUGCAUUCCGGGCACCUGCACGUGAAGGGCGGAGGAGAGAAGAUGUCCAAGUCGCUGAAGAACUACAUCACCAUUAAGGACUUCCUCCGCUCCGCCUCUCCCGACGUCUUCCGGCUCUUCUGCCUGCGGAGCAGCUACAGGUCAGCCGUCGACUACAGCGAGGGUGCCCUGCUCGAGGCCAGGCGCCUGCUGCGGGCUGCGGCCGCCUUCGCGGAGGACGCGCGGGCCUAUGUGAGGGGGCAGCUGGCCGGCGGCUCCGUCCAGGAGGACGUGUUGUGGGAGAGGCUGGGCCGCACCAAGGGGGCCGUGCAGGCGGCCUUGGCGGACGACUUCGACACGGUGCGGGCGGUGGACGCCGUCAUGGACCUCGUCCACCACGGGAACAAGCAGCUGAAGGCGGCCGCCGAGGAGCCCCGCGGUCCCCGGAGCCCCGCCGUGCUGGGAGCCAUCGUGGCCUCCGUGGAGCAGUUCUUUGAGACGGUGGGCAUUUCUCUGGCCGAGCGACAGGGUGUCCCAGGGGCGGGCAGCCCGGCCGCCCUGCACAGUCUGGUGGAGGAGCUGGUCCGCUUCCGGCUGAAGGUCCGACAGUUCGCUCUGGCCUCCGGGGAGGCCCCUGGGGAGGCGCGGCGGCAGCGGCUCCUGGAGCGGCGGCCCCUGCUGGAGGCGUGCGACGAGCUGCGCAGGGACCUGGCGGUCCACGGCAUUAGCAUCAAGGAGCGGCUCGUCCACGUGGGAGCUGCUGGGUCCGAGGACAGAAGACCCCACACCCAGGAGCUGAGGACGGGGGAAGCGAGGCUGUGGUCUCCUGCCAGGGCUCUGUACCCUUUAAGUCACAGUAAAGCUUCAUGUGAAAGUUGCUGUUGUGGCUGUUUUCCCUUAAAAUAAACCAAGCCCACGGCACCCUUGGUGUGAGUAGGUGUUGAGAAGGGUUUCCUUUCAGCACGGAUGGCACAGGACGGAAGCCCCACACGGGCUCCUGGGAGACAACCGGGGGGGGGGGCAGGAUCCCUGCCCCAGGUCACCUGGACCCUGCCUGACAGGCAGAGUAGGUCUGGGCCUGUGGGUUUCCAUCUGCUGUGUCUGGUAACAAAGUAACACGUUUCCCAGAGAAAACUGCAGCCGAGGAAACCCCAGCAGGCUGCCAGCUCCGAUGCACCACGCUCCCUCAACGCUGGGUUCUUGGGGUACCAGUGUGAGCAGAUGCCCCAGGGCAGGGCUGCGUGAGGGUGUCUGGGUGGCGCGGUGGGAGCCGGCAGGGUGAGCAGGGACCGAGCUAGCUGGCGGCCUCGCCCCGUCUCCCUGCUCUCGCAGGCGGGGAGCCCCAGCUGAGCAGGGCACCGGCAGGAAACAGAGGGGACUGCCUGCCGCUCCAGCUCUCAGCCAGGCCCCUGGGCCAUCCAGAACCGGUCCACGGCUCCGCCCCGGGCAGCAGGACAGCCUGGCAGUCACGUUAACUUCACCGACCUUGCUGCCCCAACAGGCAGGGGCCCUCGUUCUACAGGAGGGACCCUGAGGAGCAGUGAAAACCCCCUUGAAGGCAGGUGGCCGGCCCCUGAUGGAGACAGGUGCUCAGUCCUGGGGGUGGCGGGGAUUGGCUGAUGGCCGCCUGCUCUCCUGGGGGGGUGUGUCCUGCCUGGAGCUGGUGAACACCCGGGGCUGCAGAGGAGCCAGGAGCAUCGCCCAGCUGCUCCGUCAAGCAGAGGGACUCAAGAGACGCCGUGGUUCCUGUGACUGCUGCCUUAUGUCUUCCACGGAGAGAAGCUGCUGUAUUCCAGGCUGAUCACUUCACUUUAGCA